UACCCAAUACCAGCCGAGGAUACACACCCGUACAGACAGACGAGAAUGUCGGCCAAGACGAUCACGCAAAGGCAAUCCACUAUACUAGACCCUUCGGACAAGUAUCGUCCGGAGCCCGUCUACGCGGGGAAAUUGAAGAGCGAGUUCAGGAACUACACGGAGGACCCGAUGGAUCCCGUGAAGGAGCGAGUUCGGAAAACUUAUUGCAAAAUGCACACCAAUCAAACCGUCGAGUUCGUGAAAUCUCGCAUGAAGGAAUGGCUUAGUUUCAACAAGUUCAAGAUGACCGUGAAGGAGGCUCUGAUCAAACUGAAUGAUUUGGUGGACGAAAGUGACCCGGACACCAGUCUGCCGAACAUCGUGCACGCGUUCCAAACCGCGGAAUCCAUCAGAAAGGACCAUCCUGAUCUGGACUGGUUUCAUUUGACCGGCCUGAUUCACGAUCUGGGCAAGGUAAUGGCGUUCUACGGCGAGCCUCAGUGGGCUGUAGUGGGCGACACGUUCCCAGUCGGUUGCGCCUGGGCUGACUCGAUCGUUUACAGAGAGACCACCUUCGAGGAUAACCCGGAUGGUAAAGACUCGCGAUACAACACAAAAUACGGCAUGUACAAGCCUAAAUGCGGUAUAAACAAUCUACUGAUGUCCUGGGGCCACGACGAAUACUUGUAUCGCGUUCUGGUCCACAACAACGCGAAACUACCGGAACAGGGUUUGGCCAUGAUACGCUACCACUCGUUCUACCCUUGGCACGCGGGCGGCGAUUAUAUGCAUUUCUGCACCCCCGAAGACAUGGACAAGCUCAAAUGGAUCAAUGAAUUUAACAAAUACGACCUUUACACCAAAAGCGCCGAGGUUCCGGACAUCGAGAAGCUAUGGCCGUACUACGAGAAACUGAUCGACAAGUAUAUUCCGGGCGUAUUGCAUUGGUGAAUACCUUUCUGGAGCGCAACAGAGAACCAGUCGUCGGAUUGUCGAUCAAAACGACAAGAAGCGACUUCGGUGGCAGUAGAAACGGGGCAAAUCAGGGGAUAUCGUGUUUAUAGAUUGCCGUAGCUCUCACUUACUAGAGAGAUUCGUCGAUAGAUUUGAGAAGCUCGACACCAUUCGGUUCCCGUAUGUAUGUGUGGUGGGUAAAAACGCGCGAAAGAAUCCGAGUCAGACCGAUGGAGGGGGCGAGCGUCGUCUGUAGAAGAUUGCGGGGCGUGGAUAUG